AUGUUCAAGACGAUACGCAAACUGAAAGAGGAUCCAAAACUGGAUUCAGUGUGUGCUAUAGCAGAGCAAAUCAAGGAAGAGUUGGAGGAGUUCAAGCCGUACGUGCCUGUGGUUGUGGGGUUGCGAAAUGGAGGGAUGCGCGAUCGUCAUUGGAAAAUGAUUUCUGAUAAAAUUGGGCGCACUGUGGGGCCGACGAUGAGACCCUUCACGUUGGAGGCGUUGUUGAGUAAGGGAAUCGACAGAUUUCCGGAGGAGGUGGCUGAGGUUGGUGACAGAGCCGGGAAGGAGUGGGCGUUGGAGAGGCAACUGGAGGUGAUGAAGGGGGAGUGGGAAAAUGUGUAUUUCGAUGUUGAAGAUGAGUAUAGGAGUACGGGAACGUAUAUUCUGAAGGGAAGUGAGGAGGCCUUGAAUAUGUUGGAUGAACAUAUUGUUACGGUGCAGGCGAUGCAGUUCUCGUUGUAUAAAAAAGUCUUCGAGGAGGAGAUUGAUGCCUGGGCUGAAAAACUGAUGAGAGUUUCGGAGACUUUGGACGAGUGGCUGAAGUUGCAAAGGGCGUGGAUGUAUUUGCAGCCGAUUUUUGAUUCUGAGGACAUUGUGAAGCAGUUGCCGAGCGAGAGCAAUAGGUUUAGGAGCGUUGAUCAGAAAUGGCGAAAAACUAUGGCUGAAACUCAUGAAAACUCGAAAGUGGUGGAAAUUUGUGCAACGGAGGGACUUUUGGAGAAGUUCAAAACUGCGAAUGAAGUUCUCGAGGGG